AUGUACCUCAAGAAUCAGGAAGUGAGAUUCCAGCAGCUGGGAUUUGUUACUCUAUGCAACCUCAAGAAAGGUUUGUCAUGGUUUUGUAACAACCCGUUUGCCAGUCACGCUGUCUAUGCCUAAAAUAGCAUAUUUCUGUAGUUAAUAUCUCAGUCAAUAACAUUAAUUUCUAGUCAUUUGUCCUGAGCAAGUUAAUACUAGCGGAUUAACAUAAGGGCAGGUACAUGCAGUUAUAGUCAAAAGGUGCGUUAUGCUAUGUCAUGUUAUUCUUCAGACGGAGAGUUGUCAGUGGUGAUGAGUGGUAGUGUGCUCGACAAGCAGCUAAAGCGGGUGCAUGCACAGACGGAGCAGACAAGACAGUUACUGCAGAUGAUUCAGAAGCCUCCAUCCUCCUGA